CGCAAAAGAACCGCUCAACCUCACGCAUUCCAUGGAUCUUUUGCAAAACCCCACGACAAAACUUCGAGACGAUGAAAAAUUGAUAAUAGAGGAGCUGCUGUCCUUGUCUCCAACCGAACAUGUGAAUGCAAUUAGUGCCGGCCUUGCUGAGCGCCAGAAUCUCUGCAGUGUCUGCACAGCCGCGACCGAUCAGAUCUCCGACUUUAUCUUUUCUUUUGACAGACCAUUGGAGGAGAGACCCAAGCCGGACCCAUUAUGGCCACUCGAACACAAUCUCAACAGCCUUCGCGCCGUAUUCGACGGAUUUCGCGUGCUUCCACCUGAAACAGUUGGAGUUCACGCCGACGAUAAGUUGCCACCAGAUAUUGUCCUGCAUCACAGGGAAGCAAAGACCAUCUUAAACUCUGCGCGACAUUGCGCACUAUGUCAGCUCAUCAAGGUUGCCAUCGUUAUGGAUACCUCGCGCAAGCGUGGAUUUCCCUAUGAUAGCCCCAAGAGUCGGCUACAACAUGUUUUUGGGCUUUUGCGAGGAGAAGAACAUGGCUUUAUGCUCCACUCGGCUCUACUCGAGCUAUGGCAUAGCAAAGAUCCCAUUUUCUUGCACCUUUCCGACAUCAAUAAGUUCGGCCAGGACAGUAAGGAUUUCAAUAAGUUUACGCUCGACAGUAUUCGCAUCGUGUGGCAGAGGCCCCAAGAGGCACAUCAAGAUGACAGGCGGAAUGUUGUUUAUACAAUGCUUAAUACCUUUCUUCCCACAGCCUGCAAUGAAGACGUGAAGCCAUAUAUUGCUGGCCGGCCACCUAUCCGGAGUUCGGCCUCUUUACAAUCCUUUGAUAUCAUUAGAACUUGGAUGCAACAAUGCAAAGAGGGUCACUCAUGGUGUAUGAAGUCCAUAGGAAGAGACAUAUUAGAUCCUUCGGAAUUUUUCGAACUUCCUACCCGACUCAUCGAUACUGGGCAGCCGGGUAGUACCUCUGAGCCAAGAUUGAUUGAUACAAAAGGAUAUCCAGCAGGACAGUGGGUGGCUUUGAGCCAUUGCUGGGGCGAACCGAAGAAUCAUCCGUUAAUGACAACCACCAAAAACAUUCAAGACCACAUGAAGUGUAUAUCGUUCUCUAGCUUACCAAAAACCUUCGUCGAUGCAAUUAUUGUGACGCGAGCUUUGGGUUUGCGUUACUUGUGGAUUGAUUCAUUAUGCAUUAUCCAGGACAGCGAAGAGGACUGGCUUGCCGAGUCCAAAGAUAUGGGCCUCAUAUACGAGCAAGCAGUACUUACUAUCGCCGCAACGGGUGCGAAGGACUCUACAAAGGGGCUAUUCUUGCCACGCGACUACGGCUGUCUGCCCAUCCUAUCGGUUCCUGUUCCCCUCAUACGAAAACAAGCGGACGGAGGCAGACCAUGUAUAAUUGGAAAAUACAACAUCGCAAUUGAAUGGCGACAAGAGCCUUUUAUACAACCGAUGCACCCGUCAUUCAGCCCCUUAGCAGCUCGGGGCUGGGCAACGCAGGAGUGGAUUCUCUCGAGACGGACAGUCCACUUCCUUCCUGAUGGUAUGUCAUGGGUGUGUCGUACGAAGCAGGAAGACGAAUCCGGGCGUAUGAUCCUAGGCCAUCGGCUCUCAGAACCGGAAUGGUGCACUGAAUGGGGCCGUAUCAUAUCCGAUCACUCUUUGCGGUCAUUCACAUACAUCAAAGAUCGGUUGAUCUCGUUGGAGGGCCUCGCGCGAUCAAUCGUGAAGACGAAGGGAUAUACCCGGAUUGAUCUGAAGACUUUGCAGAUAGCUCCAUGGGUCGGGAAUCAAGACUACUGGUUUGGUACAUGGGUGAACGACAUGCCGGAACAUUUGUUAUGGAGUCCAGUAUUUGUCGAUAAUAAGCUUGUGGAAUUUCCGACGUGGUCUUGGGCAUCGCAUUCCGGACCGGUUUGGUUCAGAUUCCUUGAAUUCGAUAAAAAGAGGGAGGACUUCGAGUUUCAUACGAAUUGUAGCAUUAUAGGAUGCGAUACCGACUCAGGCGCGUUAAGUAUCAGGGCGAAGAAGUACAGGAUCGACACGUUUCUUAAAAGAAGGAUGGAGGAGUCUUAUACAUCGUACCGGGAGGUGAAGACAGUUGAUUAUCGCGCGGCGAAUCAGCCAGGUUAUCAUAUCGAGCGGGCGGAAAAUGAGCCACAUGGCUGGGCGGUUUUUGAUGAUGGUAAGGAGCUUGGUGGGACGGAGACGCUGUAUUUCCUUGAUCUAGCUACCGCAACCUAUUACACCGAACCUCAGAGCGUGCAAUGGGGGUUGUUGCUUGUGGAGAGCAAAAACGGCAUCUUUGAGCGAACAGGAUUAGCCACAAUUUGGGAUAGACAGUGGAUGGAAGAGGCUACAGAGGCUGAGGUAGUCAUUACUUAG